AUGCUCCUCGUGACCCGUGUCUGCCUUGGUUGGUUCGUGUUGAUCGUCACGGUUUUUAAGGUAAGCAAUACAGAUUUUUUUAUUAAAGUUUUUAUAUGAGGGGGAGUAUAUGAGGAUGGUCAAGAUACUUGAAAAAAAGGCUUUUGGAUACAAGGUACUAAAGAUACUUUUAUCAUUUUUAACUCUAGAUACAAGAUACUAUAGAUACUUUCAUAAUUGUUAACUCUAGAUACAAGAUACAUAUCUACAACAUUUUCAAAACGACUCUAUAGCUACAAGAUAUGAAAUCUAAAAAAUGUCGAUUUUAUUGCCAUAAGGUAAUAAAUUUAAAAUUUAUUCAAACACAUGUUAUAAAAUAAAGUAUAAUAAAUUAUAAUAAAUUAUCAUUCAUUGCUUUCAAAUUAAUAUUAAAUUAUCUAUAACAAUUGCUGCACUCGUCCCCAAUAUACUAGGAUGUCUUUUUUGUAUUUUCUUGUUAAGUUAUUCAUUUUGUAAAUUAAUAAAUUAUUAAUGUUAAAUAAUACAGUAUAAACACUUUAACAAUCAAAUUUAAAUUUAAGUAACCCCUGAGACUGAAUUAUGAUUAGAAUGCUACAACUUCACAGGUUUUAAAAUACAUACACUGGCAAUAUUUCAUAUUUGUAUUCACUUUUAUUAGGUAUUCUAAUUUUUAAUACCUAAUUAAUGAUUUUUAUUUUUAAUUAACUUUAGUUAUUAAUUGAAGUUAAUUUAAUUUAAUGGUAUAUUUUAAUUUGAUUUUUAAUUAAAUUGAAAAACAUUUAUUGAACUUAACAGUCAAAAAAUAUCAUUAACUUGCCCAGUAGCUUGAUAUAUACUAUAACUAUACCACACAAUUUGGUUGACAACAAAUGAAUAUAUAUUGAUAAUGUGGCAUGUUUCACAUUUGAUAUUUUGCAUUUUGUAUUGGGUGUAACAAGUUAUUGCAAAAAAAGAAAAAAAAGAUUUGGGCUCUUUAGGUCUCUUUAGGAGAUGAUGUAUCAUCCACAUUAACCCCUUGAAGAACGCCACUAGUGUAUUUUAUAGGCUUAUUUAUGUGCGUAUAAAACAUUUCAGGAGAUGCAAUUCAAAAACUGGAAGAAAUCCAACGGUCGUGCAGAUGUGGCUAAAGACUUCCCGCUACCACUGCCGUUGGAUCCCGUUCACAAAUACAAAGAGCUGAUACCGUUUUAUGCAGUAAAUAUUAUCAGUUUAUCUUUAUAUGGAAAUGUCGUGUCACUAUUGCAGCUAUAUACACGAGACAAUGAUUGUUUUUUAAUAUUUUUGCGUCUGAUAAAUUAAUUUUAAAAUCUCGCAGAGUGUUCAUAUUCCCCUAAAAAUCAAAUUAUAAAUAAUUUAAUAUUAUGGGAAAUAAUUAAGAGGACGCCACAUCCACGUGUGAUGUCUCCAUUAUUUACGUACACAUGAGUAUGGCAUAGUGAAUUUGUGUUCAGCAGGGACAUUAUCUGUGCAACUACGUCAAUAUUUUUGAUAUGAAAGAUAUGCAUACUCAUGUGAAAUAUAACAGCUUAAACGUAUUUAUAUCCCGCUUAAAAAUUGAAAUAUCAAAAAAAUCUAAUCUUCUUGUCUUCAAUUUUGAUAAUUAGUUCAUUCACUCUAAUAUUAUACGUUCAUUAACUCAGCAUCACCCAUUUAGAAUUUUCAAAAGUUGUCUACACAUGUAUUUAGUUGGAAUGUAAUUUAUAUGCAUUUAUUUAACCUUGGUUUUCCCAUUAUCAUCAAAAGACAGUGCAAAUAAUAUCAUUCCAACCCGCCUCCCAACCAUGGUUAGAAAUUUAUACAUAUAUCGAUUUGAUUACACCAUAUGUUAUUAGGUCUACUUUAUUUGUACGAAUUUAUGUGACCGUUUUUAAUAUUUAUACGAUCGUCGUUUGGUGGAAAUUACGGUAGGUUAGGUAAGUACAUACGUAGUUAUAAAUAUAGACAAUAAAUAUUAGUAUAUUCGGAAGUGCAUUAAAAAAUAAUAUAUAUUCAAAGAAAUUCUUUAUAUUCUGAAUGUCCUUAUAUUUUAAGUUUUUUAAAAAUAUUGUUUAGCUACAAUGUUGUAGUGGUUUCUAGAAAUUUUGUAUUUGAUCUUCAAUACGGUUUUAUUGUCAAGAUACGUAACGGUACAUAUAUUUGAAACUUGAAAACGAUAGGUAUGUCUUUAUAUUAUAAUCUAUAGAAAAAUUGCGUUAUGAGUCUAUUGAAAAUGCGUUGGAUAAUAUUUGACAUCAAUCAUGUUUGACCGCAGAAAUAAGUAAUACAACCGUCGUCUUGUGCUGUUUUAGAUUCUGAGUGGAGUGAAGAAGCUCAUGGUUUUUUCAUGUGAAAAUACUUAAACUCAAUAAUAUUGUUUAAUAUUGACGAGAUUAAAACGUCUCAUGUGUGUUAAUAACUUUAAAUAAAUUUGAGUUUGAUCUAUUAGUUAUUUUUUUAUUAGCGUUUUAGGAUCAAAUUUUGAUGAAAAUCGUAAAUAUUACGGCCUUUCAAAACGUGUAUAAACGAAAUUCGCUUCAAAUUGGUUUUAGUUAUCAAUGGUUUAUCGUUGCUUACAGAUAUAAACUAAAUAACAUUAUGUAGCUUACCUUUUCAACUUCCUACUUACAGUGGUAUACCCGUCGACAAUAUCAGCUCAUUUUUCCUAUAUCAAUUUAUUAUUAUGCAAUUUGACCACAUUUAAUAAGCGAUAUGAUAUUGUUAACUAAAUGCUAUAAUAUAAUUAUUACAAUAUGCAUAUAAUCAGAAAAUCGCCUCCUAAUCGUAUUGGCCACUUAAUGAGUAAUACUCGAAUAAUUUGAUACAUAUUAUACGAGUAUUACACAAGUAUAGGUAACAAUAUUGCAUUAGAAUUAACGGUUUCACUGUGUUAUUUUGAUUUUAUUAUUUCAUAGACACCUGAAAUUUUAACAUAAUACUUAUAUUAUAGCCUUUAAUAGACGUAGUUUUCGAAAACAUUCCGACACGUUUAGAGUUGCCUGUUUAAUAGGAAUCUGCCAUUUUAUAGGUUUUUAAAAUUUUUUAUUUAGUUCUAUCUGGAAAAUUUGUUUAGUGGAACAAAAACAAGGCCGUUCUGCCCCAUCACAGAACAUCGUAUUGGUGAUUCUGCAGAAUAGGCAUCGAAUGAUUUUCGAACCUAACCAAAUACCUAAUAAUUCGAUUAGAUAUAGGUUAGGUAAUUGAAUAUCUCUAACUGAUACCUAAUAAAGCUAUUAAAUAUUAAGUAUUAUUAACUAUUAAAUAUUAAAACUCGUUUUAAUCCGUGAGAAUACGCUCGUCAUUUUGAGAAUAGAACGGUCAAUUCUUACACUAAGUAGGUAUAAUAAGAUAUACAAAUAAAUAAUAAUUAUUAUAGAUAACUGCACGUUCCGUCCGUUUAAUCCUUCUGUCCGCGAUUAUAUAGACGUCUAAUUAUAUUAUUACAAUUCAUUCGUUAACGGCAAUAGGUUUCGAUAGAGCAGAGCCUACAUAAUGUACGACUACAAUAAUAAGAGGAACCGAAAAUUCCCGGAAAUUUUUGAGUUUUAAUUCGUUUUUUUUUUUUUUUGAUUUUAUGUGGAUACAUUAUACUUGUUUUGGUCUAACAAAACUAAUUGCAAAUGGUUUACGAAACUCGCCGUAAAUUGUAUUUAAUGGUCAAGUUUAAUGAAGAAAUUCUAUUUUUUUGAUAAGCUUUUUUAAGUUAACAUUUUGACAAAAAUUAUAUAAAUUAGAGAUUUUCAAAACAAGUUUAACUGAACCUCGUUCAGAAUCGUAUAUUUUUAGCAAAAAUUUAUCGUUGCUUACAGUUAAUAUACAUUAAAUAACCUUAUGUACUAUGUAGGUAUCCUACCUUCCAUACUUCCUACCUAUAAUGGUAGGACCAGCCGUUUAUCUUGCAAUGUUUACCUAGGUUUACACAUUUUUCCAUAGAAUAUUUUUGUACAUUUGUUCGAAUGUUAUACAUUUUAAAAACGGUUAAAAUUCUCAGUAUCAGAUAUUCAAAACCGUCGGUGAAGUUGAACCGACAUUAAUUAAAUCCCACUAUUUUUUAACGAUAACGUGAAAACCAAUGUCAUACAUAUGCAUACAAAAUACAUUCUAAAUAUCUGUGUAAAAAAUUGAAAAUUCUUAAUGGGUGGUGCUGGGAUAAUGCACUUAUAUUAUAGCGAAUUGACUUAUUCUUAUACUUGAAGACAAGAACAUUGCAUAUGCAACAACGUUGGUUUUUUUCGAUAUUUUAAUUUUUAAACUAGAUAUUAUGAGUAUUCUUAAUAUGUUUGUAGGUCAGUGGCUGCAUAUGCGAAUAUGGCGUUCACUUAAGGGAAACAAUAAAAAUCAAAUUAUUUCUUCAUAUCCUGAAAGAAUUGUCGUCUCGUAGAGAUAGAAAACCUCAUACGACUAUAAUAAUUAUAGUGAACUAGGGAUCUGUCAUAUUCUUGUGUAUAGGUUUUUAAUGGCAAGGUAACGUUGGUCAACGAUUUCAGAAUUGGAUCGGAUAGCCAGCGGAAACGAAGACACAGCAAGAACGUCUAUUCGGACUGGUCGGAGUGGAGUGCGUGUUCAGAAAAAUGUAUCACAACUAGACAGAGGUUGGUCGAUAGUAUUCUAGAUUCUUUGUUUUCCAAUGAAUUGUGUGAUAUAUGCGAUGAAUUAAGGAGGCCAUUUUUUAAAAAUUUUUUUUAUACAGUUUUCAAAAUUACUGGAAAAAAACAUGAAAAAAAUGUAAAAGAAAAACUGAUAAAUGUAUGGUACUAUAGAUUUUAUUAUUAUACAUUUUUUCGAUUUUUAUUUUUCUAUCGGAAAUCUUGAAUUAAAAUUGAAGUAUAGCAUCCUUUCUGAAUAAAAUUGAAAGCAAUGUAAGGGGUGAUGUAGGUAUAGUAUCUAGUUCUUUUUUUUAUCAGCAUUUAAAUAUCGAGUUUUGACGAAAAUCAUUGAAAAUACGGUAUUUGGAAACAUGUUUAACCAACUUCAGAAUCCAUUUUCGAAUUUUGAACUUAAUGCCUAUGAAAAAAAACUACAUUACGCUCAACUUUGACCAUCAAGUACAAUUUAUAACGAUAGCAAUUUUGUUCGGUUAAACAAUUUUAUUUACAUAAAACUAAACAACGCCUACUCGAAAAGUCCAAAACGUCAAAUUCUGAAAAUAUAAAUAAAAAAUCGCCAGAAUUUUUUUGACUCCUUUUAUAGAUAUACUUGUAACCUAUUACAAAUGACGAACGAAUUAUUAUUUUAUUAUUAAACGUUUAUACAAUCACGGACGAAAUACGUUUUAAGUAAUAAUAAAUUAUUAUAUUCCUAAAUAUGUUAGUAUGUAUCUACCAAGUGAAGGUAUUAGUGUAUUAUAACGAUUAAACGGAUUAAAACGAGUUUAUAAGAUCAUAUUAUUAUAAUUUGUUGGCAAUUAAAAACAACGAAUAGGUAUUUGAACGUAAGAAACAAAAAAAAAAAUGAAUACAAAUUUGGGAAGGCACGUACAGUUAUUUAAUUUAUAUUUGUACACUUCCAUAAACCAUUGCUAAUCAAAAACGAUUCUGAGUGAAGUCUAAUUUUGUACGUAUUUCGAAAUGUUAUAUUUAUUCGUCCAAACUAUUUUAUCCACAUAAAACCAAAUAAAAAUUUUAAAAAAAAUCGAAAAUGUUAAAUAAGUAUUCUGGGAAAAUUUUAUGUCGACGAUUAUUUUUAAACAAAUAACAAUAAAAAAACAAAAUUGAAAAUUAUAGAACCGUAAUAAUAUCGCAUAUUAUACUCGUGUAAUACUCAACUUAUAUUAUUACGUCUAAAAAAAAUUUGUAAAAUUCGAGUACUUCAGUUAAGUGGCAAAUAUCUACAAUUAUAGGGCAAUUAGGGCGAUUUUCUGAUUAAAAACGUAUUAUAAUUUGUAUACAUAAUUUAUUUAGUAUCGUUUAUGGCUUAUUAAAGUAUUUUCAUACUUACGUAAUAAUAUAUUGAUAUAGAAAAAAUAAAAUUUUUAUAUUUUAAUAUUAUAAUAUAUUAGGCGUCAUUCGCGCUGACGUCAAAGAGUCGAGACCUGAAAAUGAUGCUGGAAAACCUGAGUGUACAUCGCAGUUCUACAUAAACUUAGGGGUCCAGUCAUUGAAAAAUACGGUACGGUGUUAGAAAAGUACUGUACAAACUAAAGUAAACGGUAUUUGAAAAUUUAAAAAAAGUCUUAUAGUCAUGUUGUUCAAAGGCAACAGCAUCCAUCCUAUUCAACUUUACUUUCAAUAACUGGUUUGGAUACUUAGGCAUUCUGAAGAGUUCUAUCUGAUCUUUGUUUUACUUAUAAACUACUGAAUGGGUAUACAUUUUUCUAAAUUAUUUACUCAGUUUAACCUUUUAUUCCCGGUAUGUCGUAAUAGGUAAUCUAAUACGCUUUAUUUGCCAUUCCGCCAUGUUAAUUACUUUCAAAACGCUCUGAUAGUAAGACUAAUGGGCUUAGUAAAUAAAUUUAAUGUCCACUUAUUCUGUAUUAAAAAUAUAUGUUUUUUUAAUCGUUUAAUGUAUACCUUAAUAAUUUUUUGUAUAGUUUAUGAUGUAUUCUGUUUUAAUGUGAUUACCAUUACAUCAUGUAAUACUGUAUUUGAUAUUCUGUGCAAUCGUUGUAGUUAUAUUAAUCAUUGGUUAUCGCCCGUUUAAAUAAAAUAAAUAAAUAAAACACUUGCACAAAAAUUAAUUUUGCUGAUAGAGACUUAUGAAUACAUAUUAGUACUCGUAUUAUUUAUUUCAAUGAUACAGAGGUAGGAUAUAUAGAACUUAUUAUUUGUACCUGUGCGUAACGAUGUAUCAUUGCUAACAAAAAUUAAAAUACGAUUCUGAACAAAGUUCGGUUAAAUAUAUUAUUAAAUGCUGUAUUUGAUACGAUACAAAUAUCAAAUAUUUGUAAAUAGUUCAAAAUUCGAUUCGUGUUAAACUUGAAGAAUUUGUGCUCGUUCAAAACUGCAAUUUUUAUCCGUAAAAACCAAAUAAGAAUUGGAAAUCUCGAAAAAGUAAAAUACCUAUAAAAACCUAAAAAAAACUCCAGAAUAUGUUACCUAACUUAACCUAACCUUACCACACUUAAACAAAUAUAAUAUAAGUAUUCUGUGAACAUUUCAUAUAUCUACGAUUAUUUUUAUCUGAAUUACAAUAAAAAAACAAGAUCGAAAAUAAUGAAACCUUUAACGCCGUGAAUUUUCCCAUUUUUCAAACAUUUUCCCUGUUUUUCGCAAUUAUCAAGAAAACUACACAGGAAAUUAAAAAAACAGACUUUUAUACAUUUAACUAGACAAACUUUCUUUCAGAAAAAAUGCUUAUAAACAUUAAAAUCUUAAUAUCUUUUUGAAUGAUAGUUUUAUGUUAUCAAUAUUUAUCACGAUAACAUGAUAUUAUACUUGCAUUUUUUUCAUUUCGUUAAAGCAUAUUAAUGUAGAUAUUUCUACUGUAUUUUGUGUGUCAUAUAUGUAUUUAAAUAAGUGCUGUAGUUACACAAAAAUUAAUACAAGAGCUUUUUUGUAUUAUUUACAUUCAAGUUAAGUAGUAGUAUAUAAAACAUAUAACUAUUAAAGACUAACAAAGUGGUAAAAUCUCAUAAUCAUUUUAUCAUUAUUAUUAUACGAUAGACAAAUAGUAUUAUUUUAUUAAUUACAAAAAUAUCAGUUUUAUUGGUCCAGGCAUUAUCAAUAUUUCGAUUUUAAACAACAAUAAUUAAUAAAUAUGUUGGACAUAAGGCAUUUUUGAAUUAAUUUUUUUGUUUCAUCAUAUUGGAAUUAUUUUUAGAUUUAUCGCUAUUGCCUAAGCACCUAUCGUAUUUAAUUAAUUUUUGAUUCUGAUAAUGAUAAAAUUAAUAAAAAUGUGUGGGUUAUUUUUAUGAAAUGUUAACGAAUGACCAAAGAUUUGACCAAUCAUAAACGACCUGUUAUAAAACCACAUGUGGUAUAGGAAAAGCCACCCGGUAUAUUUUACAUACGAAUGAAAAUAACGAAUACUUGGAAAUGUCUUUUUAAGGUUUAGUAUGUUUUCGUCUUUUCGUCAGAAGAAAUAACAGGUAUAAUUGUUAACUAUAUGGUUAUAUUAGUGAUAUUUUUAAUCAGAAAUCGGUAUCAAUUUGUAACCAAAUGAUAAUAACCAUUCAACAUUGUCUUACUACUUAUUAUUUUUAGAAAUCUACCUAAGAAUAGAAUAUUUAUUUUCCUUGUUCGUAUCGUUCUUAUUAAUUUGAUAUGCGACUAAUUGUUUGUUACCAAUUUACUUGUAUAGUCUUCAUGUUGUUAUGUGAUGUGUAGGAAUUGUAUGCGGCCAAAAAUUUGUGGUACAAACAUCAUGACAGAAUCGUCCCGUUGUUUUACUACGGUAGGUUCGGUUGAAUGCCCGGUGCUCAUUGUGAUCAAUUCUGACUACGAACAAACUCCCACUACGGGCCUACAGAGAUGGCCUGAUAACGGUAAGGUUAGGUUAGGAAAUUUUUCAUAUUAUUUGUUAUCUUAAAUGAAAAAUUGUAUGUAUAGUUUUUAUUUAUAGGUGACUGGAAUUUUACGUGUGGUGUUACUGUACAGGAUACGGCCGCAGUCUCUUACUUCCAGUCUCCCAGAUAUUCAACAAAAAUAAUGGGAGGCAGGGAAUCCGACAGAUUCCGCUGGCCUUGGCAAGUAGCAGUGUUGAGCGGAUUGAAAGUAAAUUCCCAGAAAUCCGAAAAAGUUUUGUUCUUGGUACCUCAUACUUAGCUAAUAUAGUUAAUUGCAGAGAGUUGUGAAUUUUUAGGAGCUAAUCUGCGGUGGUACUCUAAUCACCCCAGGUUGGGUACUCACGGCCGCGCACUGUUCCCGGAGAAAACUGUACGUUCGACUGAUGGAACAUGACUUGUACGCAGACGAAGGCAGCGAAUUAGACGUUAGGGUAAGCGUAGUGAUACCAUGUCUACUACAAUCUGUUGUAAAAAUUUCGUGCAGACUAUACGACUGACGUAAAGGAAUUCAAUCGAACGUCAAUGUUACCACAUUUGUCGAUUCGUGUCCAACUAGAUAAAAAAAAUCCACUCCACUCCUCAAGCGAAGACAAUCGAAAGGACAUUUGCGAUUAUCGUUCAUUCGGUUGUGUUAUCCAUAUAUAACCUAAACCAACUUCACUGUAUAAUUUAUACACGAUGUGUGACUUCGUUUUCCUUGGUUAAGACUUUGGAUGGAUUGUCAUUGACAAAACGAAACACUUUAUGCAAACGCAAAACUGAAUGUGGACCAAAGAGGGACUUUUUAGGAACCGAAUAAUUUUUCUUCUUCGUUUACUGAAUGUUAGACCUUAUCAUAGCGAAUAUAGAUUUCCAUUCCUCCUCUUUAAUGCCAUAAUAUUCAUAUGGUAAUAUCUAUUGCAUCCAGUCAUUUCAAUACUUAUCUCAUGAACAGUGACGGACCAGACCUUCAUUUUUUUUGGCGAAGGAGGGGAGGAGACCACUUACAAAAAUGAAACCUAGAAAAUAUUUUAUUACAAUAUAAAAAGAAGCAUACUAUACUGCAAUGUUUAGCUGGAGAAAAUUACCUCUUCACUUAUGUCCAUUGAGUAUUUUCAAUAUGCUGGUUAUGAAGGGGUUAUGUGUCAGUAAACUUAUGGGAACUAUUUAUCGCUUCUUGAUAUAAUAAUAGAUAUUAUUUUUUUCUCUGAUGGUCCCUAAAAAGUUGAUUUUCAAUCGUAUUUAAACUUCUGCAAUAAAACAGCAAGUUUCAUCGUGUUCUCUCAUGGUGUUUGUGUCCCAUUUUAGACAGUUUUCACUGGUGUCGUAUUAUAAUUUAAUGAUAUUGAAUGAUUUUUACGAUUUUUCUUUAGGUUGAUCGGAUUAUCGUACAUCCGAGGUACAAUCCGUAUACGGUCGAUAACGACGUGGCUUUGUUAAAACUACGCACGUCUGACUUAGAGAUGAACGGCGGCGGCCACUACUUACCGCCUGCCUGUCUGCCGGUUUCCGAUUUUCGGCAACGUAAACGGAAGCCUACGAAGUGCGUGGUUAUAGGAUGGGGUAAAGUUCGAUCGCGGGACCCGUAUGGAUCUCAAAUAUUGCAGGAAGCCACGGUAAGUCUGAAAUGCUGCACUUUAGUAUGUAGGGCAUAAGAGCAAGGACCAAACCAAAGAAGGGGCUGUAAAAACAGAUUGUUCAUUAUCAACCUUUAUAACAUAAACCUGAUUACUUUUUUUUUUUUAAUGAGUAUUUAAGUAUAUUAAUAUUACAAUCAGUCAAAUCGACAAGUGUAAUAAAUAUUAUUAAAAAAAAACCGAGAAUAGAAUAUUAUGGGCAAAAAGGUAGAUUUUGUAAAAUUAAUUGGCUUAGCUGUCCCUCUAAAAAACUAAAUUUCACUACGGCAUUGAACGGUACGAGUCGAGCCUUAUAACAAGUUAAUUGUGUGUUCAUAAUAUGAGCAAUCAAAAUAUGAAUUUAUUUUUCACGAAAAUGUUGCAGUGCAACCCGUUGAAAUUAUCAACAACAGUUUAAUUUUAUCAUUGAAUUCCAAAAUCCUAUACAUGAUUUCGGCAAUCGCAUUUGACAGAUGCAUUACACAGAUAUCAGUUAUAUAGGUAUAUACAUGCAUAAAGUAGACGAAUUUUAUUGAUAUUGAAAUAUUUCAAAUAGUUUAGACUGUACCUAGGAUAGGAAUGCAAUGGUGACGUCUAUUUGAAUUAUUCUAAUCCGAGUAAUACAUGACCAAUAUAUUAUUACUAAAAACUGCAAUGUAUCUAGACAUUAAAUUAUUGACAAAAAAAUUAAUUAAAUCAAAUAUAUAGGUAUAAAUAUCUUUAGAGCAUCUAUAACAACUGUCAUCGUGGCAUUGACUCGGUUGAAACAGAUACUAACUCCCACCGAUCUUCCUAAUAAGAGAAUCCCUAUUUCAAUCUAAGUCCGUCUCGCUGAAAUAUUUGGGUUACCAUUUAGAUACCAUUUGGGUUAACUGUGUAUACAGGGUGAUUCUUUUAUCAUGACCCAUAGUCAUUGUUAUGAUCAAUUUAUUAACCUGGCUCUACUCCUCUGGUCUAAACUUUUAAGUGGUAAGAUUCAUAAACAAUAAUUCCGACAUUAUAAUGUAACGGUGUUUUAUAUAUUAUCGAAAUGUUUAGAAAAUAUUCUUUUUGCGAAUCUGUGUUGAAAAAAGUGAAUUGUCAUUUGAAAAUCAAAAAUUAAACUCCUAUAAAGAUAUUUGGGGUAAAAAUUGAAAGCUUAAAAAAUUUAAAAAUAAAAUUAUAGAACUGCAGACAUUAAAUGUAUGCUUAAAAUCCUUUGAAAAUAAUCGCUGAGUCGUGAUCAAAAAAUCAUUCUGUAUACAUUAUGAUUUAUGAUACUGUAAAACUGUAUAAUAUAUACGAUGAAAAACGAAUUUGAAUGUAGGUAUCGAGAUUUUAAUUAAAAAAUAAUCAACUAUACAAGUAAUAGAUAAUAUUUUUUUUUUAACCUAACAGCUAUAAUAAUUUUAAUCACGAUAAUAAUUUGAAAUUAAAAAAAAACGAGUGGGACAUUUUAUUUUAUAGAAACUGGAUGCUAUUAUAUACCUAUUAUAGAUAUUUUUUAAGCUUCGUCGAUGACCUUGACACAAUAUUGCAUUUUGUUAUACUAUAAUAAAAUUAAAUGCGAUUCGUUAAGUAUGAUGGUAAAUUGUUACCAACGGAAAUAUACAUUUUAUCUCUGUUUAUUUACUGCAUUUUAGUAAUAAGUCGUAUAAUAGGUAUUUCAUUAAAUGUUUUUCGCGAUAUUACCGAAAACUAUUUGAUUAUAUGAUACCGUGAAAAUGAGCUUCAUCAUUAUUAUUUUAACAUGUAUAGAUGUACAAAUAGAAGCGAUAAAGAUCAUAGUACAAAACUUUCGUUGAUGGAUAUAAUGGAGGGACAGGUUUCAGUAAGAAAUAAUUAAAUAAUAAAUUACGAGUCCCGAAAAAAAAAAAAAAACAAAAAAACCAGUACAUAAAAUUAAUAACCAUUAUAGAAUAAUGAGUAUUGAAAGGAACGUGCUGAUUUAUAGUAUUUUUGUACUAUAGUUUUUAAAUAUUUUUUACUUACAAGACGUCGAAAAAAUAUAAAGUAGAAGAGUUAGCUCAACAUUUUUCCUAUUUUACCAUAAAACACUUCUAUUGUCUCAGCUUCACUAUUUAAUGGAGGCUUCAGUCCCUUAACUCCGUAAUUUCGGUAUCUAUGUACACAAUACAGUGUGUGUUAAUUUUCUAUUAAUGAUAUUAAUGUUAUUCAUCAUAAUAUUUUAUGUUGGAUAUAAAGUCUCGUUGUACAUAAAUUAUCUUGGUCAUGCCUAUUUUAGGUACCUUGUAGCAGCAACACAAAUAUAUGAGAGGGAGUUAUUACCUCCCGCCUCACUUCGAAUUUUGAGGUGUUUUACAAAUUUUCGUAAUACGUAGUUCCGUAAUUUCUAUUAAAAUUACAGACAUUUCCUAAUAAUUCUGAACAGGUACUCAUCAAUCAUGCACGUCACCUAUUCAGUAAUUUAAUAUUCCGAAGACCUGUACCAAAAUUUGUUUGAAAUUUACAACCCCUGUGAAAAAAAAAAAAAAAAAGAACCUAAGUUGUGCCACUACCUAAUAGACUGAUAUUAUUUUGUGAGUAUAAUAUUUCGUGAAAAAAAUGACUUGUACACAAUUAUAUGGACAAAGCGUCAGCGGGGAAUCGAAUUGCGGGCGGGGUCCGGAAUUCGGAUGAGAGCGUUGGUGCGCCUUACCGGAUUUGAAUAAUUCGGCAGUUAUUAACCUAGUCCACGACUUUGUUACUACACGCGUUAGAAUUACUUAAAUAAUAUUAUUUAUUAUUCGCGGUGAAAUCCGCGUGCCAACAGGUGCCGAUCGUGAGACAGAGACAGUGCCGGGCCGCGUACCGACGGUACAUGAUCACGGACAACAUGUUUUGCGCCGGUUACAAAGACGGCCGGUCAGACACAUGUUCGGGUGACUCGGGCGGACCGCUGCUGUGCCGGAUGCAUGGUCGGUGGACGGUGGUGGGGGUGACAAGUUUUGGCGACGGAUGCGGUCGCCGGGGCAAGUAUGGGAUCUAUGCCAGUGUGGCCAACUACGUGCGGUGGAUCGUGACGGCUACGAGAGCGGCCGACUCCGGUUAAUACCAGUAUAUUUGUCUAAGCCUAUAACCAUAACCUUGCUGUUCGAGUAUAAUAGGUAGGUACCACGUUCGUUAUGAAUUCGCAGAUAUUUCGUCUCGUACCUGUUCGAUUGCAGAUUAUCCUUGUUAUUAUAACUAC